AUGAAAUUAUUCCUCUUUUUUUUUUUUUUUUUUUUGUUUUCUUUAUUUAAGAACAAUUCUUCAAAAGAUUUAUCUAAAAGAGAAGAAGACAGUUCUAUAUUUUAUUAUGGGUUCACAAAUAAUGAAGAAUAUCAACAUUAUAUGCCUUCUAAAUACCCUAAUAUACAAAGAGAUAGGGAUUUAAUUAUAAUGUCAUGUAACAAAGGAUAUACCGUAGUAAUAAAAAGAGCAUAUAUAAUUGAUUUAAAUGAUGAAGAAUAUGAUUAUACAAAAAUAGCACAAAAUAUUUGUAUAAAAAAGGAACAAUGCAGUAUUGAUGUUAAGAAAUUCAAAAGAAACACAAACAAUAAUUCAAUUGAUUCUUCUAGUGAAUUAAGAGUAGAAUAUAUUUGUAUGAGCUCCCAAAAACCUCUUUAUGAUGGAAAUAUUUUUCAUCAAGGAGUUACACAUAAAUACCUUAUUGUAAGAAAUCAAUCUUCAGCUUGUGCUCAAAAUAACGAAAAUGUAAUAAAAUUGGAAUCCAUCUCAAAGGCAAUAGAAGUGUGCACUUUAAAUAAUUGCAAUUACGUUGUAUGGGAUAAUGAAGAAAAAAAAGCAUUUAUUUGCAAGGAAGAAAAUAAUGAUAACAUAAUAGAAAAAAAAAAUAGUGUAACAUAUAUUAACCCUAACUAUUUUUAUACAUAUGGAUAUGCAACAUUUUUGAAUUAUAUGUCUGUAUGUGACAAUAUUAUAAAGGCUGUUCCAUAUAACCUAAGUAUGACUAAAUCAGUUGAUGUUUGUUCUCAUUUAGAUUGUCAUUAUUUUACAAAAAGUUACCCAGGAUCAAUAAGAUCAUUAAGUAAUACUAGGAAUGGCAAAUCGUGGUUUUGCAAAGGUUUUCCUACGAUUAUACCAAUGGAUGGAUUUAUAACAAGCGUAAAAUUGAGCAAAUUUAUUUAG